AUGAAUCCUCCCAAAUCUAAAAAAUCCAAGAAAAAACGUGUUAUCUCUGUUACUCCCACUGAAAUGGGGUCAGUGAGUUCCAAUUCCGGUUUUGAUGCAGAUUCCAUGAGGGAAUUGGUGAGUGCCACCAGGAAGUUCUCGCAGAUGUUAAUUUACUUCAGAGAAGCCAUUCUUUCAGAAUGCUUCAGAGAAGUCAUAUACGUACGACUAGAUGAACUUCUUCUUGCUUUAAAGUCUGUAAUGACUAAAUAUCAGAGCCUCAAUUCUGUUGAUCUUCAGAAUGCUGCAGAUAUGCUUAUUGCAAAAGUGAAAGCUGUGAACUUCAAAAAAAUUAAUGAAGAAAACAAAAACGAUACCUUCCAAGAGGUGUUUUCUUCUAUUGAAGCACUGGCAUUUACCUUUGGGAAGAUCCUUACAAAUUUCCUCAUGGGAGAUUUAGGCAAUGUGUCAGUAUUGCAACUACCUGUGUCUCAGGAAUGCAAGUCACUUGAAAAUAUUUCUGUGGGAUCAGUUGACUCAUCUAGUGAGAAAGGAAAUUUAUCUCCUAUAGAACUAGACAAUGUUUUGGUAAAGAACAGUGACUGUGUAGAAUUGGCUUUGUCAUAUGCUAAAACGUGGUCAAAAUAUACCAAGAACAUAGUUUCAUGGGUUGAGAAAAAGCUUAACUUGGAAUUGGAGUCCACUAGAAAUAUUGUCAAGUUGGCAGAAGCAACAAGAGCAAACAUUGGACUACAUGAGUUCAUGCCACUGAAGUCGUUAUUUACCAGUGCUCUUCUUAAUGACAUACAGAGCAGUCAACUUUUACAAGAAACAAUUGCAGCUCUCCAAGCGAACAAAUUUGUGCAGCCUUUACUUGGGAGAAAAAAUGAAAUGGAAAAACAAAGAAAAGAAGUUAAAGAACUUUGGAAAGAGCAACAAAAUAAAAUGCUUGAAACAGAGACUGCUCUUAAAAAAGCAAAAUUGUUGUGCAUACAACGUCAAGAUGAAUAUGAAAAAGCAAAAUCUUCCAUGUCCCGUGCGGAGGAAGAACACCUGGCCUCAAGUGGAGGAUUAGCAAAAAGUCUUAACAAACAGCUAGAAAAAAAGCGCAAGCUAGAAGAGGAGGCUCUUCAAAAAGUAGAAGAAGCAAAUGAACUCUACAAAAUAUGUAUGACACACGUUGAAGAAAGACGAAACGAUCUCGAAAAUACCAAGAGAGAAGUUUUAGCACAGCUCCGCACACUUGUUUUCCAGUGUGAUCUGACCCUUAAAGCUGUAAGUUUUGAAAAUACAUUUUUGUGCAAAUCACAGUACUUCAUUUCCUCUGUGAUUUCAUCUUCGACGUCAUGGACAUUUGGAAUGUUCAGUGAUUCAGAAAGUACAGGUGGGAGCAGUGAAUCUAGAUCCCUGGAUUCUGAAUCAGUAAGUCCAGGAGACUUUCAUCGAAAACUUCCUCGAACUCCUUCGAGUGGUACCAUGUCGUCUGCAGAUGAUCUUGAUGAGAGAGAGCCACCUUCCCCUUCAGAAACUGGACUUAGUUCUCUUGGACCAUUUAAGAAAAUACUGAUGUCAAAAUCGGCCCUUACUCAUAAGUUUCGCAAAUUGAGAUCUCCUAACAAAUGUCGGGACUGUGAAAGCAUUGUUGUAUUUCAUGGAUUCGAAUGUGAAGAGUGCCUCCUCGUUUGUCACCGAAAGUGUUUGGAGAACAUAGUCAUUCUGUGUGGCCAUGAGAAGCUUAUGGGCAAAAUGAGCUUAUUUGGAGUAGAAUUCACUCAAGUUGCAAAUAGGGAGCCAGACGGCAUCCCUUUUCUACUCAAAAUGUGUGCCUUAGAGAUUGAAAAUCGAGCCUUAUGUCUUCAGGGUAUUUAUCGUGUAUCUGGAAAUAAAGUAAAAAUUGAAAAGCUAUGCCAAGCUUUUGAAAAUGGAAUGAACUUGGUUGACAUUUCUGAAUUUGGCUCUCAUGAUAUCUGUGAAGUAUUGAAAUCAUACCUUCGACAGCUCCCAGAGCCACUUAUUUUAUUUCGACUGUACAAGGAAUGUAUGGACCUUUCAAAGGAGCUUCAGAAUAUCAGUGAAGAGCUGGAGCUGAAGAAAGAUGGUCCUCAAGACAAGAAAUGGCCAAGUGCAUGUAUAGAAAUAAACCGAAUUAUUCUAAAAAGCAAGGAUCUUCUAAGACAGUUGCCAGCACCAAAUUUUAACAGUCUCCAUUACCUCAUAAUGCACCUUAAACGGUAUGGACAGUGGGCUAGAGAGGCUGUUACUGCAGUUGGGAUGUCCUUGAAGAUAGUCAUAGAAACAAAAGAUGCUGAGAACCUGAGUCAAAGCCAUAGUGAAGGGGUGGCAGACUAUGCAGAAAAAAAUAAAAUGAACUCCAAAAAUCUGGGAUUGAUAUUUGGUCCUUGCCUCAUUAAGCCAAGACCAACAACUGCUCCUAUUACCAUAAACUCCCUUACUGAAUAUUCUCAUCAAGCGCGAUUAGUGGAGUUCCUUAUUACAUAUUCACAGAAGAUAUUUGAUGGGCCCCUGCAGCCACAGACUGGAGUUGUGGACACUGCAGGUGUAGUUGAUCCUGAGGCCGAAAUCAGCUCUCUUCCAAAGACUGUGGUGCCACCAGAAGAAAGGGACUCAGAACAUCUCAUGAAGCCACUGUUUUAUUCUUCAAAGGAAGAUAUUCAUACUACAGAUAGUGAAAGCAAAUCUUUGGAACCAUUUACAUCAUUUGGGGAAUCAGACCGCAAGCAAAAUUCAUUUAAAAAGUGCACUGGGUCUGAGAUGAUGAUCAAAGGUGACUCUGAGGGGCCCCCUGUAUGCGUGGAUGUGUCCCCGCGAUGUGGGGAAGACGGUGACAGGGAGGAGGACCUCGUCAGUGGUGCACAGGGCAGUCGAAGUUACAGCCAUAAAGGUGCCAAGGCCCAGAGGUAUUGUCUGUGCAGCAGAAAAGACAACGAGCAGAGGGAGCAGGGCCAGCCAGAUGGGAACCCAGCAUGUCAGAGACCCAGGCUAAAACGAAUGCAGCAGUUUGAAGACCUUCAGGAUGAACUCCCUCAAUUUGUGUAG